AUGAUUCAUAAUUCGAAUAGAAAUCCCAUCACAGAUCCCUAUUCCUUGGAAGAUCAACUGGCUAGAGAGUUGUAGAAACGGAAAGUUGAGGAGGAAAAAAAAAGAAGGGAAAUCGAAAGAAUUUGUGCCGAGAGUGAAGAAAUCAAACUACUUAAAUAAAAAGUUUAGACUGCAUAUGUGACCAAGGAGAGAACUUAACAAUUGGCUGAGUAGUAAUUGAGAAGAAUUUAAGAGUUGAAAUAAGAAAGUGAGAUUGAAGCUGCUAUUCUAGAAAAACUGAAAAGAGAACAAGAAGAAGAAAGGUCUAAGGAGAAAUUUAGACUACAAUAGAGAUUAGAGGGAAAAUAUACAUUAUAAAAAUAAAUGAAAGAACAUGAGCAAUUGAGAGAUGAAGCCAAAGAAUAAUACAUUUACGAGAAGGAUCAAGUCAAUAGAGUUAUUCAACAGUUAAUAAGUGAAGAUCGCAAAUUUAUAGAGGAUCAGGCAAAAAAGAAGAAGAUAGCCUUCUCAGACAUGCAGAAUGCUUUGAGGGAGAAAGCUGAAUUAAUCUAUAGAAUGAAGUAAAGGGAGAGAGAGGAGAAUUAGAAAUAUUUGGAUUUUAUGAAAGAGAAAGAUAGAUAGGCUCAUGAAAUCAAAGUUAAAAAGUAGGAAGAGAAUGCAGCCAAGGAUAAAAUAUUUCAAAAAUUAAAGGAAGAAGAGGAGAGAAGGAGAUAAGAGGCAGAAUUGUUAACUGAACUCAGAUUUCAACUUUAUUAAGAAUAGUAUGAUGCAUAGUAGAGAUAAAAAGAUAUUGAUGAAGCUAAUAAGAGGGAAUUUUAAAAAAGAGAGAUGCAGUAGGCUGAACAGGAGGCACGAUUAAGAAAGUAGAGAUAGAAGGAGGAGGAAUAAUAGAUGGAAAGAGAUUUCAGAGAUCAAAUGAUGAGGAAGUUUGCUGAAGAUGAUAAAUUAGAAUAGUUGGGAUAAUAAAAACGAAGAAUGAAGGAAGUGGAACAUAAAAGGGAAGUUGAAAGAUUGUGGCAAUAGAAAUUAGAAAUGUAUUAGAUGGAAAAGCAAAAGGAACUUGAAUAAUUAGAAAGGCAGAGAAGAGAAGAGGCUUAUAAAUAAUUAGUGGUUGAGGAGGAAAAAAAUCGUAUUCUUCAAGAACAUUUGCAAUAAGUAGGAGAAUUCAUUCCAAAAGGUCUCUUAUUAAAAUAAGGAGAUUCUCAAUUUAUAAGAUAGGGAUAACCAAAUUCAAGUUAUUAAUCUGGAUUUAGAAUAUGA